AUGGAGAGUGCUGCAGCAGCUCCCAGUCCAGUGCUAGGAAACAUUCCCCCAGGAGAUGGCAUGCCAGUAGGUCCUGUACCACCCGGGUUUUUUCAGCCUUUCAUGUCCCCUCGGUAUCCUGGAGGUCCAAGGCCACCUUUAAGAAUACCCAAUCAGGCACUUGGAGGUGUCCCAGGAAGUCAGCCAUUAUUGCCCAGCGGGAUGGACCCAACACGGCAGCAAGGGCAUCCAAACAUGGGUGGGCCAAUGCAGAGAAUGACUCCUCCAAGAGGAAUGGUUCCGUUAGGACCACAGAACUAUGGAGGUGCAAUGAGACCCCCACUGAAUGCUUUAGGUGGCCCGGGGAUGCCUGGAAUGAACAUGGGUCCUGGGGGUGGUAGACCUUGGCCAAACCCAACCAAUGCCAAUUCUAUACCUUAUUCUUCAGCAUCUCCUGGGAACUAUGUAGGUCCUCCGGGAGGCGGAGGGCCACCAGGAACACCUAUCAUGCCUAGUCCUGCAGAUUCAACCAACUCUGGAGACAACAUGUACACUUUAAUGAAUGCAGUACCACCCGGACCCAACAGACCUAAUUUUCCAAUGGGGCCAGGGUCAGAUGGACCUAUGAGUGGACUGGGUGGAAUGGAUUCACAUCAUAUGAAUGGAUCAUUAGGCUCAGGAGACAUGGACAGUAUUUCCAAAAACUCUCCCAGUAAUAUGAGCAUGAGUAAUCAGCCUGGCACUCCCAGGGAUGACGGUGAGAUGGGUGGAAACUUCCUAAACCCUUUUCAGAGUGAGAGCUACUCCCCAAGCAUGACAAUGAGUGUGUGAUCCAUUAACAAGUCUCACCGUGAAGACCACAGUGAGUUGGCCCUCUUCAGAGAGCUACUGCAGAAGAAAAUUAUUCAUCCCAGUGUACAGCUUAACAAAAGAAUCUCAGACACAAUCAGACCCACCAUUUUUUUUUCUACCAUCUCCCCCGUUUUGUCAACAAAGUGGGUCCCAAACAUGAUUGAGACAACUGUAAAGAGUGGCGUAACAGAACUGCCCAAGAUGGAUCUGCAAACAGUUAUCUGUGUAUGUACGUGUGUGGGUUAAUGUAUAUGUAUGUGUGUGUGAUAACAGAAAUACACACAUACAUAUAUAGAACCGCAGGACAUUGUAAAAUAUUAUCACAUGACAUCUUAAGUAGAAAUGAGAAGUAGGGACUUUUAUUCCGUCUUUCUUUUUUUCCACGUUUACAUUUUAAUUAUUAAAAUUUGCUUUCCCUCUCCCCUCCUGAACUGUUUUAUGUUGCAUAUAUCACUGCUUUAUAAGUUAUUUUUUAAGGUGAGCCCAAAUGAUAAAUUCUUCUGAUUUUGUAAAUGUCUGCCAUUACGGAUAGGAAUAAAAUUGCUUAUAAGAGCUUUCAUUAACUUGUGUUUGAUACCAGUUACCCUGUGAAUCACAAACUGUACUGUCUCAAGAAAUAGAAGAAAGCUCAUCUUAAUUUUUUGGAGAAAUUUAAUAAUUUUCACCUAAUUUGGUGACUUUUUUUUUUAUACUUUGCCUUUAAAAAAGAAG